AUGGAAGAGAAGCCUAAGUAUUCCUCCCUUAGUGAUAGCGAUAGCCAUACAGAGGUCGAUGAGGAAUCAUGGCCGCUUGCCGGUGACGGAGAAGGAACGCACUAUCAACGAGAGAAGACAAAGUGGUACAAUAAGCCUUUGCCGUGGAUGAUUUCUACCGCCUGCUUAUUUGUUGUGGUAAUUGCCUUGGUGGCCAUAGAAUGGCACUCUAGAAAGGCUCUUGUUAGCACAAGAGACCUUUCCAUAUUUGAGUGGAAGGGAGCAAGAGAUGCGAUCAAGACACGAUACGUUAAGUUCAGCAGUGGACUGGUGUAUAAUGAAACUGGUGAUCUGGUAAGAACGCGUAAUGAAAAUGAGCUUGACUGGGUUGGCACGCCCACCGAAGAGAUGGACAAGGCAUGGGAAAGCAUCACAUCUCCUCAAGAUCUCUUUGCUACAAAAGACGAAGUUAAAGAUUUGGGACCAGAUGAAUAUCUGAUCCCUCAAUUUGGUCUUUAUGAGGUUGAGUUUGAAGUAUUCCACGACCUUCACUGCCUCAAUAUGCACCGAAAGAUGAUUUAUAUCGACCACUACCCUGAGAUGAAAAGCGACUCCCUGAUGACCCACAUCGACCACUGCAUCGAUACUAUAAGGCAAUCAAUGAUGUGCCAUGGCAAUCUCACACCAAUCCCCAUUAUAUGGUCGGAAAAUAAGCACAGGUUGAUGCCUGACUUUGAGAACCGCCACCUGUGCCGAGAUUUUCCCAUGCUGAAGAAGUGGGCAAAAACAAGGGAUGCCAAUGAGCCGGGCUUGAGAGACGAAAUUGCGAUGAGGUUGAAUGGAACGCACGCGUAA